UACAAGACCCGCCCACUUGCCAAGUCGUCUUUCAGUCUGAUGUAUAAUAACCUUAGCAACAGCUGAGUUUAUCUUCAGUUCAUCUUUCUGAUUAUUUAUACUCGAUCUUUGAAGUUAAGUCUCCAGAAUGGCACAGAAGAUCAAGGCUGGAUCUGUUGUGGAGCUGCAGGGAGAUGAGAUGACCAGAGUCAUCUGGGAGCUGAUUAAAGAGAAGCUCAUCUUUCCUUACCUGGAGUUAGACCUGCACAGCUAUGACCUGGGCAUUGAGAACCGUGAUGCCACCGAUGACCAGGUGACCGUGGAAGCUGCUGAGGCGGUGCGUCGCUACAACGUGGGCAUCAAGUGUGCCACCAUCACGCCUGAUGAGAAUCGUGUAGAGGAGUUCAAGCUCAAGCAGAUGUGGCGCUCUCCCAACGGAACCAUCCGGAACAUCCUGGGCGGCACCGUGUUCCGCGAAGCUAUCAUAUGCAAAAACAUCCCACGCCUUGUGCCCGGCUGGACCAAACCCAUCAUCAUCGGCAGACACGCCCAUGGAGACCAGUACAAAGCCACAGACUUCGUUGUUCCUGGACCUGGACGAUUCGAGAUGACGUACACACCCAAGGAUGGAGGGAAACCUCUCAACUUUGUCGUCCAUGACUUUGAGGGCACUGGCGGCGUGGCUCUGGGCAUGUACAACACUGACAGUUCCAUCCGUGACUUUGCUCACAGCUCCUUCCAGAUGGCACUGUCCAAAGCCUGGCCUCUCUAUCUCAGCACCAAGAACACCAUCCUCAAGAAAUACGACGGCCGCUUCAAAGACAUCUUUCAGGAAGUCUAUGAGAAAGAAUACAAGUCUCAGUUUGAGGCUAAGGGGAUCUGGUAUGAGCACAGACUGAUUGAUGACAUGGUGGCCCAGGCCAUGAAGUCUGAUGGAGGAUUUAUCUGGGCGUGUAAGAACUAUGACGGAGACGUGCAGUCCGAUUCUGUGGCUCAGGGUUACGGCUCUCUGGGUAUGAUGACCAGCGUGUUGGUGUGUCCUGACGGUCGCACAGUAGAAGCUGAAGCCGCUCACGGCACAGUCACGCGUCACUAUCGCCAACACCAGCAGGGCAAAGAGACGUCCACAAACCCUAUCGCUUCCAUCUUUGCCUGGACACGAGGGCUGCUGCAUCGGGCCACUCUAGAUAAGAACAAUGAGCUACAGGUCUUUGCCCAGACUCUGGAAGCUGUCUGCGUUGAGACCAUCGAGGCCGGAUUCAUGACCAAAGAUCUGGCCAUCUGCAUCAAGGGCAUGGCCAAUGUGCAGCGUGCAGACUACCUGAACACCUUCGAGUUCCUGGAUAAACUGGCAGAGAAUCUGAAGAAGAAGCUGACGAGCCAACCCAAACUGUGAAGCUGUCCUUUAUACUCAACACACCCACGCUGACGCACUCAGAUCUCAAGCUCUUGUCCAGUGCCAAUCCAGGGGCACGGUCAACCUCUUCUCCUGGUCUGCACAAAGACACACACAGGACCAUACCACUACUGCCAGAGAAGGGCGCUUUCAUGUGGGAGAACGGAAAGCACCGUUUUAAAGGGUUAGAGAUGCCGUACACACAUACAGCCCUAACUGUUUUUAUAGUUUUAGCUAGAUUCCAGUCAGGAAUCCUGUACUUACUAAAUUAAUUUAAUACGUUUAAAGUGUCAGGUUUCUGCUCAAUCCUAGGCAUUAUUUUAAUAUUUAAUACAAAUGGUUUUAUUUCGACGACUUAUACAUUCAAACAAAUGAGACCUGUUCCGUCCAAGUCGUGUCAAGGUUUUCAAACACUUGUUGCCUUAUGUGUGUGUGUGUGUGUGUGUGUGUAGUGUCUUCUCAUCAUUAAUGUCAACAUACUAGCUCUAACAGCAGCAGAACAGAUUCUGAGAAAAUGCAUUUCCAUCAUGUUUUGUAGGCGUUUUCGAGUACGUGUUAAUAAAAUAAAUCAAUAAUAAUAACGGGACCAUAAA